AGAAAUCAGUCAUGGCGGGUGAUGCCAUCAUGGUCAUGAAAGGCUUGACAAAGCUUAGUAAAGCAGUCCUAGAAACCCAAGCAGGACAGCUUCGGCAGGUGCUCCUUGGGAGCGAUGCAGUUACCGUUGCAAGGACUCUCCAGGCCACUGCUGAAGAACGGUUCAGUUCUGUCUUGGGAAAAGUGCAGGAACUAGGCAAACAGCAGGAGAACUUAACUGAUCUCAGUGAGGAUUUUGGGAAAGACUAUGACUUCUCAGCCCGAGAGCCAUCAGAUGCUGCAACGGACUUCUCCACUGCCCCCGGCAAGCCUCAUGAACACAGCGGUGAAGGCCCUGCUUCCUCUUACACUACAAAUGGACCUUUUAGAAGUGUUGGUGAGACUGGAGAUUCUGGCAUGGGUCAGAAGCCUUUCCCUCCCAGAAUGGAUGCAAGGUUAUUUGGAGGCUUUAGGGACCCUGGAAAUCCUUUUGCUGCUGCCUUUGGACAAAGUAGGGCUUUUCACCAAGACCAUUCCUCUGUUAGUGGAUUAACAGCUGAAGAUAUUGAUAAAGCCAGACAGGCCAAAGCAGGUUCAGAGCAGAAACCCUACAAACAGAUGCUCAGUGAGCGGGCCCGGGAGAGGAAGGUUCCUGUCACAAGGAUCGGACGGCUCGCCAACUUUGGAGGACUAGCUGUUGGUCUUGGCAUUGGGGCAUUGGCAGAAGUUGCAAAGAAGAGCCUUAGACCUGAGGAACGCAAUGGAAAGAAAGCAGUGAUGGAUUCUAGCCCAUUCCUGUCGGAGGCCAAUGCAGAAAGAAUCGUGAGAACCUUGUGCAAGGUCCGGGGAGCGGCACUGAAGCUGGGACAGAUGUUAAGCAUUCAAGAUGAUGCCUUCAUCAAUCCCCAUCUCCAGAGGAUUUUUGAGCGUGUACGUCAGAGUGCUGACUUCAUGCCGAUAAAGCAGAUGAUGAAAACUCUGAACAACGAUCUUGGCCCCAACUGGAGGGAUAAACUGGAGUCCUUUGAAGAACGCCCCUUUGCUGCUGCUUCAAUUGGUCAGGUUCACCUGGCACGCUUGAAAAAUGGGAAAGAAGUUGCCAUGAAAAUCCAGUACCCCGGAGUCGCCCAGAGCAUCAACAGUGAUGUUAACAACCUGAUGACUGUCUUGAGCAUGAGCAAUAUUCUCCCUGAAGGUUUGUUCCCUGAGCAUUUGAUUGAAGUCCUGAGCAGAGAACUGGCCCUGGAGUGUGACUACCAGAGAGAAGCUGCCUGUGCAAAGAAAUUUCAGGAGCUGCUGAAAGACCACCCCUUCUUUUAUGUCCCGAGAGUAGUGGAUGAACUGUGCAGCAAGCAUGUCCUGACCACAGAGCUGGUGUCUGGCUUCCCCUUGGAUCAAGCAGAAGGGCUGAGCCAGGAGAUUCGAAAUGAGAUCUGUCACAACAUCCUGGUCCUGUGUCUGCGGGAGCUGUUUGAGUUCAGGUACAUGCAGACUGACCCAAACUGGUCAAACUUCUUCUACGACCCGCAGCUGCACAAGGUAGCCCUGCUGGACUUUGGAGCAACACGAGGGUUUGAUGAGAAGUUCACAGAUGUCUACAUAGAGGUAAUCAAGGCAGCUGCUGACAUGGACAGAGAGAGAGUACUGAAGAAGUCCAUUGAAAUGAAAUUCCUCACUGGCUAUGAAGUCAAGGAAAUGGAAGAUGCCCACUUAAAUGCUGUCCUCAUCCUGGGAGAGGCUUUUGCGUCUGAGGAACCUUUUGAUUUCGGCAACCAAAGCACCACUGAAAAGAUCCAUGGUUUAAUCCCAGUCAUGCUGAAGCACCGUCUUGUACCUCCGCCAGAGGAGACCUACUCUCUUCAUCGGAAGAUGGGCGGUUCUUUCCUUAUCUGCACCAAACUGAAGGCCAAAAUUCCCUGCAAAAACAUGUUCCAAGAGGCAUAUAGCAAAUACUGGAGCAGUAGGGGCAAGAAGCCAGAGGAUUAGUAAGAAUGAACUAACAUGUCUUGUUCUGAGGGCUCAGUUCAUCUGAGCCUUGCAGAGAGCGUUCUAGCCUCCCAUGCGUUGCACCCCAGCUCUCCAUCCUCUUGAGAUGCAGCAGCAGCCUGUGCCCCAGAAGCCAAGUGUGCGUUUCACAAGGACAAAGCUGUUCUUUCAUGCUGUGUCUGUCCCACACUGACUGCCAGUACAGUCUGCAGCUUGCAGGAAACUAUCUUCUUGAGUGCUUCUGUACUGUUUCAAGGCACCAGCCGACUACCUUGAACACAUUUUUAAUACUGUGAUGGCGGCUGCAUAUUGAUUGGGUUUUAUAACUAGUAGGGGAAGGAGGACAAGAGCAGAAUUUAAUAUUGAAACCUGUUUGUAAUUCU